ACGCCCGUCUGAUUCCUCUUUUACCCCUACCUUUCCUCUUCCAUGAGCAGCAGACGCUCCCUCCCCUAAACCCCUGUGCAUAAGCUGUAAAUCGUUGCGAAAUUUUGACAGCAAGAAAAUUAGCUGCUUCCGUUACUCGAGCAGUCGAGCCCCCAGAGGCCUAUAAAUCCAGCCCUGUCCAGGGUUGCUUCGAAUGAUUCGUGGAUCUGAGAGCAUUUCCCAGCAUUCAGUAGCAUUCUCAAAGGUUGCUGCUUGUGCGGAUUUCCUCAGGGCAUUCUGCAGCAUUUCUUAACGGGAUUCGUUUUGGUUACAUGUUUACAGAGGGAUUAGGAUUGUUGUUGUACAUCUGAAAGGUCGCGCAGCUUUGUGGAAAAAGAAUGGGCCUUUAUUUUUCUGGGGAAUGAAUUCCUGUGGCAUCUGAUGCUCCAAAGCCCAUAAAGCUCACUAAAGCUUGCAACUUUACUGCUGUCCUACCUCACUAAACUGCCCUAUGGAAUAAAUCCCGAAGCUGUUUCCCUUUCGUCGUCUUGAGCAAAGCAGGGGAAGAGACUCCCAUGGAGAUGACUGACAUGAAGCCAGAGGAGAUGAGCCACCCUCCCAUGGACCAGCUGAUAGGAAUGGAGUACUGCAUAGACUCCAAUCCAUCCUGGGGAGGGGCUAUUGUGCUGGGCUUCCAACAUUUCAUCCUUUGCCUGGGGACGGCAGUGAUGAUCCCCACCAUGCUGGUUCCGCUCAUGGGAGGAAAUGCCCAUGACAAGGCAAAGGUGGUACAGACAGUGUUGUUUGUCACGGGGAUAAAUACAAUUCUCCAAACUCUGUUUGGAACUCGUCUACCCACCGUCAUCGGUGGGUCAUAUGCAUUCGUAAUCCCAGUCAUAUCAGUAAUCAGUGACCCCUCAUUGGUGCGAAUUGCUGAUGACCAUACAAGGUUUAAAAUGACAAUGAGAGCCAUACAGGGGGCCCUGAUAAUAUCCUCCUGCAUUCAAAUAAUAAUUGGCUACAGCCAGUUGUGGGGUGUAUGCUCCAGGUUCUUCAGUCCACUUGGGAUGGUUCCAGUGAUUGCACUGGCAGGUUUUGGCCUUUUUGAGAGAGGAUUCCCAGUGAUUGGAAAGUGCGUAGAGAUUGGUCUUCCGAUGCUCGUCCUAUUUGUGGCACUUUCCCAAUAUCUGAAGCAUGUACAAGUGCGCCAUUUUCCGAUAUUGGAGAGGUUCUCGGUGCUCAUCUCCAUCGCACUUCUCUGGGUAUAUGCCCACAUCCUCACUGUGAGCGGGGCAUACAAACACAGCUCGCUGCUCACCCAGGUUAAUUGCUGCACUGACCGUGCCAAUCUCAUCACAACUGCAUCAUGGAUAAGUAUUCCAUACCCACUGCAAUGGGGUGCACCGACUUUCAGUGCAGAUCAUUCUUUCGGUAUGAUGUCUGCUGUGCUGGUGUCCUUAAUAGAGUCUACUGGGGCAUUUAUGGCUGCUGCCCGGUUGGCAAGUGCCACGCCACCACCACCAUUUGUCCUGAGCAGGGGCAUUGGAUGGCAGGGAAUUGGUCUGCUAUUUGACGGUCUAUUUGGUACAGUGAGUGGCUCUACAGUCUCUGUGGAGAAUGUUGGUCUCCUGGGAUCCACGAGGAUUGGAAGCAGAAGAGUGAUCCAGAUCUCUGCUGGUUUCAUGAUCUUCUUCUCCAUCCUAGGACGAUUUGGAGCACUCUUUGCAUCGAUUCCAUUCACACUGUUUGCCGCCAUAUACUGCGUGUUGUUUGGCUAUGUCGGAGCUGUGGGGCUCUCUUUUAUGCAGUUCACCAACAUGAACUCGAUGCGCAACCUCUUCAUCAUCGGCAUCUCACUCUUCCUUGGCAUCUCCAUCCCAGAGUACUUCUUCCAGUUUACAAUAAGUGCUCAGCAUAGCCCAGCACACACCAGGGCCGGAUGGUUCAAUGACCUCAUCAACACCAUUUUCUCCUCACCCCCGACCGUCGGAUUCAUAAUCUCAGUGGUCCUGGACAACACGCUGGAGGUGAGAAACAGGGCAAAGGACCGUGGGAUGCCUUGGUGGGCGAGGUUCAGGACGUUCCGUGGUGACAGCCGGAACGAGGAGUUCUACAACCUGCCAUUCAACCUCAACCGGUUCUUCCCACCAUCAUGAGCUGGGUGACUGGGUCAGCCGUAGGACCUUAGUGGAAUUGAAGCCGACCGUUGAGUGAUUUUUGCCAACAACAUCAUUGUAAUUACGGUUUCAUUUCCAUAGAGAUUAGAGAGAGUUAGGACUAGUUGUAGAACUAGAGCAAAGAAAUUCUAAGCAUGAUAAUAAAAACUGCCGUCUUACCAGCAUGAAAGCAAGGAUCUGUUGGUUGUGCUGGGAUGUUCCCUGGGUGGCUGUACAUGCUUCAGUUGUUGGUUGAAGGUGAGCAAUGAGAAUGAAUUACUUUGAGUUCACUUU